AUGAAUGACUUCGAUGAUGAUGUGAAAAUCAAAGACAUUGAAGUUGAACUUUCAACAAGAGACUAUGAUGCAAUCAAAUAUAUUAACACAGCUAUUCCUGAUAGUUCAGCUAUUUCUACAAUCAAUGUUCUUUCCAAACAUAUUAAUCAAAAGCUUGAAAAAACUACAGAAAACAUUAACGAAGAUAUAAAGCAAUACUCGAAACUUGAUGCAGCAGAUAAGAAUCUACUUGCAAAUACUCACGAAUCUAUUUCUGAUUUGUCGAAACGAAUUGAUCAAAUAAAAGUUCAAGCGCAAGAUACAGAAACUGCAAUCAAAAAGAUAUGUGCAGACAUAGAGCCAUUACAUCGUGCCAAAAAUAAUCUCCUAGCUACAGUAACAACUCUUCGCCGAUUACAAAUGAUGGUAACAUCAAUAUCAGCACUCGAAAAACAUAUUCAAGCAAAAAAUUACGCAGAAUGUGCACCAAAUGUGUUAGCUUUGACUACUUUAGUCGAAGAUUUUAAAAAAUUUGAAAAAGCACCUCAAUUAUCUCCAUUAAUUACCAAAUUCUACGAUCUUAAGCGCUAUUUACGUAAUCAAGUUAAUACAGAGCUCGAUUAUCGUUUAUUUGGCGGAAAACCAGACGAAUCUAACCUCGCUGUUUGCGCGGUCGUUGAUUCAUUUGCUGAUGAUUUCAGAUCUUCAACGAUAGAUUGGUUUUGUGAUAAGUUUCUUUCUUGUUACGAUGACGCUUUUGAAGGAACGGAUCUUUCUGAAGCCCAAAACAGAUUCAGAUGGUUCAAGCAAAGGCUCAUUAUAUAUAAUAACCAGUUUUCUCAAUGUUUUCCUUCAACUUGGAGAAUGCAGUACUGGAUAACUUUAUCUUUCUGUCAAAGGACUUGCCAGCAGUUCAAAUACAUUUUACAACAACAGAAACCAUCAACAAAACAGUAUUUGAACGCUUUUGAAAUGACCGUAAAAUUUGAAUCAAAAAUGAGCGAAUCUUUUGCCACAAUUGAGCUGGUACCUUACGAUCCUGAUGCUCCGAUGCCAGAUUUCCCUCAAACGGCCGAAGGAGUUCGUCAGAAACAUGAAUGGCUUCAAAGAAUGAAAGAGAAAAGAGGGACAACGAAAAAAGUGUUGGCAACCAAUUUCAUUGGAUCAAUUGCCGCAGCAUUUUCUCCUUACAUGCAGAUUUACAUCGAUUCAGAAAAAUUAAUUCUGACAAAGAUCAUUCAAGAGGCCCAAAACAAUAUUACAAAUGAUAUUGAUGAAGAAGAGAAAGAAAUGAACAGCGCGAGACUCUUAAUUAUUGCGAUGAAAAAAUCUCUUGAAAAAUGUGCCGGAUUUGGUGUUGAAAAGACUACUUUAGAGCUCUUUGCCAUGCUUAGAGAUUUAAUUGUGUCUUAUUCGGCAGGAAUGACCAAAUUAUUACCCAAAAAAUUUAAAGAUGAAAUAAAUGUUAAGUUAACAUGCGCCAUUGCUAAUACCACAUCUACAUUGCUUGAAAUAUUAGACUCAUUAGCUACAAAAGUAAUAGAAAUUACUAGUGAUGGCAAAAAAGUCACAGUUGAUGAAGCAAAAAAUCAAAUUUCAGAAGAAAUUAAGAAACAAAUUUUGCAUAUAGCUGAUACAUUUAUAAAAGAAAGCGAAUCUUCAUUGAUAUCCAUUGGUAACAACAGUUGGACGGGAUCAGACAAAUUACCAUCGAAAUUAUUAGAAUUAUUUAGUUCAAGGUUCGGAAUAAUUUCGGAAUGGUUAAAUCCAAUGAACAUGAACAGACUCAGAUCAGUUCUCACACAGAAAGUUGUAGCAACAAUAAGAGAUUCUGUGUAUAGAACUCACAACAUUAAAAUUGAAUCUGCUUCUAAAAUAUAUAUGACAUUAGGAAAUACCAAAGAAACUAUUGCUUAUUGGACAAAUUGUGACAGCGCCAGCGCUAGAAGAAGAUUGGAUUAUGACUUUGCAAGGUUAGAGAAUGAUUUAACUGUUUUGUGUUGCCCAGAAAUGGCAAUGACUGUUACUUAUCUUGGAAAGACUCCAACAAAGAAUAAAGACCAGUUCAUGGCUCUCGUUCGAUUAAAGGGUUUAGGUCCUCAAGCAGAGGCUCAAUUAUCUCAAGAAUAUGACCAACAACUUCCUUUGUUUACAGAAAAAUAA